AUUCCCAUCUCUCUGACACACUCUAUGUACCCAUUCUCUCUCUUCUCUUAUAGAUUUACAGUGUAAGGUGCCCUCUUUGACUUGGAUUCACUCACCAGUCUCGCCUUCACACGCAACACUGUUUAUGGUUUAGCAUCUCUAUUACACAUCUUUAUACGCACACAGAGAGAGGGAAGCUGCUUGUUUGUGCACCACCGUGUGCGGCGAUGGGCGUUUUGCGCCGCCACCACCAGCAAUGUACAAUCUCGUUUGCUACAAUAUCUUUUCUUCUACUUACUUCAGUUUCAGCUUUUAGCCUAAAACCUGCUCAUCAAUUCAGUUUUGGAGUGAGGAAGAUCAAAGAGGAAGUGGUAGAGCGAGUUCUGACUCGGCGGCGACUCGUUGGCCCAGGAUCAUCGCCACCCACCUGUAGAUCCAAGUGUGGAAAUUGUUUGCCAUGUAAACCAGUGCAUGUUCCAAUUCAACCGAGAUUCAGUACGCCAUUAGAGUAUUAUCCAGAAGCUUGGCGAUGCAAGUGUGGCAACAAGCUCUUCAUGCCUUAACAUUACCUGAACCCCAUCACCCCACUUCCAUUAAAAUAUUUGUAUUACUAAUAAUGCCAAACACUCUGUAGUUAGUACAUUGUUAGAUAACAAAUUGUUCAGUGUUCAGACAAAUUUUCGAUGUUUAACUAAUUAAUAUGGUAUGAAUUGUC